AUGCUUAACAUGCUUGCUCCUCCAGAAUCAGCCUCAGCCUGGAGAGGUGCUGCCAGGCUCUUCGAGGACAACAAGCUGGCCGCGGUGAAGUACCAUGGGCUUACAAACCUGCAAUUGGCUCAGCGUGGCCAACCGUUGGCUCAUGUUCUACCGUGCCUGCUUGACGCCUUGCGUGUCCUCGAUCGUAGCGGCGGCGUGCUUGUGGGACAUCAUAUUGAGUUUGACGUGAGCAUUCUGGUACGCGAGUUCCGUCGCCUUGAGCAACCAGAAGGCGCAGAGCUUCUCACGCGGCUCGCAAAGGCCGCGACUUGCACGAUGAAUUUGGCGCGCGACCUGCAGAAACCACGGCACAGAGGCAUGCCAAGUCUAGAUUGGGCAUGUCGAGCUGUGGAUAUUCGAAUGCCCAAUGAAAAUGCAACUUCGAAACGACACACAGCUCUCUAUGAUGCCGAGGCCACUGGCUCACUCUACUUCAAGCUCAAGCAGAUGGAGGAGAACGGGAUCAACAUCAUCCCAUGA